AUGUUCCGCAAUCCCCGCGAAAACACAACCCUCCCCACAACCUCCAAGCUCAAGCCCUCAGCAGGCCGGCCCCCAUCGCCAUCGCCACCCUCGCCAAGCCCGUCAACCUCAAGCUCCAGACACAAUCCCGCCUCCACCACAAACGCACCUUCGCCCAAACCUUUGAAGCCGAUGGCCACGAGAACCAUGCCCACAAAAUCACCGGCCUCCCGCACGAAACCUCAACAAUCCACGCUCGCACCGACCAAAGGCUCGAAGAAGAACGCCACCGCGCUGGGCAGUAGCAACGGCAAUGCGGGAGCUAAGCCCAAGGGGAAGCCGAAUGGGAGUAUCCUGAGCUUCUUCAAGAAGGCGGAGCAGGUCGAGCAGGGCUUGUUUAUGGAGGGGAAGGCGCCGGGGCUGGGACCGGGACCGGUGAGUAGUGCGGGCAUCGAGCGCGAGGAGGUGGGAUGGGAUGAGGAAGAGCUAGGUGUGGGUAUGGAGGAGGGUGGCGACAAGUUUAAUGAGAGCGGGGGAAGCGUGAAGAGGCGGCGGUUGGAACCUGCUGCUGCGCAGGUGGUUGAGGUAUUGGAGGGCGCAUGUACGCCGCCUCCGCCCGAUUUUGCGGAGGAGCCGGUUCACGAAGCUCAGGCGGGCGAGGAAGAUACUGCAGUAGCUGUUGGCAGGGCGAAACAGGAGAGCAGCAAGCGUAUGGGACCCUUUAUAGAGAAUUCGGAUAGCGAAGACGAUGGGCUUGCGCCGAGUGAAGGUUUAUCUAGAGUUAGGUUGCCCCCCAAGGACGACCCACCAUAUCAGGAAGAUGUAAGCACAACUACCAUACCCGUCAAAGAGGAGGAUACCGAAGACAGUACCCCCGGAUCGAUAUCCAAGGCUCCUUCUCUGAAGCGUGAAGGCACGAGCCGUACGAAUGGCGACGGAUUCGAAGACUUUGAGGACUAUGGAGAAUUCGAAGACGAAGAUUUCCUUGAAGGUGAGGAGUUCGAUGAGCGGCGGUGGAUGAAAGAACAGAGGCGGCUUGAGAUGGCUGAGGGCGGAUUAGAAGGAGACAUGGACGAGUUCGGGGAAGGUGACGCGGACGAGAGCCCGCGGACUCAGGAAAGGCAAAUUGCUGGCGAAACUGGCCUCAUGUCGAAUACAAGUGUCUCAUCUUGUCCGAUAUGUAAUGCCGGCUUGGGAGGGCUCAGCGAUCAAGAGGCCUCAGUCCAUGUCAACGGCUGUCUUGACGGGAAUCCAAUUCCACUGCCAGAUCCAAUCUCUAGUGGUUCAGCGCCGCCUGAGAGAACCAGCAACAGCAGAAGACCUCAACGAGCUGCAAGACCAGCCAAACCCGGACAGGAGAACCCCUUCACGUUGGGACACUCAAGCGCGGGACCUUCCUCAGCCUUCUCAAAACUCAUGUCAGGUCACGCCGAAGACAUCGCUUGGGCUUCUGCGGCAGCAGCGGAACAUGCUUCUCGAGGCAAGCCGGCGUAUCAGCGGACAUGUCCCUUCUACAAGAUCUUACCCGGCUUCUUCAUCUGCGUCGAUGCUUUCCGUUACGGAGCCGUCAAGGGGUGCCAGGCAUACUUCCUCAGUCACUUCCAUAGUGAUCAUUACAUCGGCCUCACGUCUUCCUGGUGCCAUGGGCCCAUCUACUGUAGUCGCGUUACAGCCAACUUGGUCAGACAGCAGCUGCGGGUGGAUCCAAAAUGGGUCGUGGAUCUGGAGUUCGAGAAGACAGUCGACGUUCCAGGGACAAAAGGCGUGCAGGUCACCAUGAUACCAGCGAACCAUUGUCCCGGUAGCUCACUCUACCUCUUUGAGAAAGUCAUCGGACAGGGCCAGAAUCCGAAAAAGCAGCGAGUACUGCACUGCGGAGACUUCAGAGCAUGCCGUGCGCACGUUGAGCAUCCCUUGCUGCGGCCUGAGGUGAUGGAUGCGCUUACUCGGAAGAACGUACAGCAGAAGAUUGAUGUUUGCUAUCUGGAUACUACUUAUCUCAACCCCAAGUAUGCCUUUCCAAGCCAGGAAGAAGUCAUCAAAGCCUGCGCCGACAUGUGUGUAUCCCUCAAUAAAGUCCGGACAGACGAAUCGGACGGCUGGGAGCAGAUGAAGCGCGAGCGUGCAGGCGAAGGCAUGGUCAAGUUCGUGCAGAAAGGCUCAGAAAUCAAACAAGAGGACGAUGUCGACGCACCCUCCAGCACAAUCACUCUACCACCAUCCACCAGCCCAAACAAACCCCGCGGCCGCCUCCUCGUCGUAGUCGGCACCUACAGCAUCGGCAAAGAGCGCAUCUGUCUCGGCAUAGCACGCGCCCUGAACAGCAAGAUCUACGCUCCGCCCGCCAAACUGCGCAUUUGCUCCUGUCUUGAAGACCCCGAACUAAACGCCCGCCUGACCUCCAACCCGCACGAAGCACAGGUCCACAUGACGCCCUUGUUCGAGAUCCGUGGCGAGACGCUCGACGACUACCUCAAAGACUAUCGCGAGACCUUCAGCCGCGCCGUCGGCUUCCGUCCCAGCGGCUGGAACUACAGACCGCCCAACAGCCGCUUCGUCGAGAGCCCGGCCGUGCAGACGGUGCUGCACUCCGCGAACUGGAAGAGCAGUUAUAGUAUGCGGGAUCUGCAGCCGCAGCGGGGCAGCACGGGGCGCUCGAGCUGUUUUGGAGUUCCGUAUAGUGAGCAUAGCAGCUUUAGGGAGCUAACGAUGUUUUGUUGUGCGUUGAGGAUCGAGAAAGUCAUCCCGACGGUGAAUGUGGGGAGUGCGAAGAGUAGGGAGAGGAUGAAGGGGUGGUGUGAUAAGUGGGCGGUGGAGAAGAGGAAGAAUGGACUGUUUAGGCCGGAGGAGGGGCGGUGA